AUGUCCGGCGCAGGCCCUUCCCUCCACCCCGGCGACUGGCCGUCGAGGGCUGUCCUCCAGUUCCCUCCCGAUGCCGCGCCCUCGCCCAUUCCGCCGCCAUGGUCGGGCGAGUCGACCUUCCAGAACCCCUUCCCCAUCCCCGAAGACAUCUACCAGGGCGCGCUGUCGUACAAGGUCCCGCUGACCAUCGCCUCCGUCUAUUUCGUGGCCGUGACGUACGUCAACUGGUACAACCGCCAGCACGGUAACAAGCCGUGGAGGAUCGCCAAAACCCGCCCCUUCUACGCCUUUGUCAUCUUCCACAAUGUCUUCCUCGCCGUCUACUCGGCCGUGACGUGCGUGGCCAUGAUCCGCUGCCUCAAGCACUCGUUCCCCCACUACAGCGAGCCCAACGCCGUUGUCGGCACUAUCGACGCCCUCUGCAAGAUCCACGGCCCCCGCGGCCUGGGCGACGCCGUCACCUACAGCAACGUCAACGACAGCUGGAGCAGCCUCAACUCCAAGGUUCAGAUCGGCUCCAACGGCCUGCCCGACACCACCGACGUUGGCAGGAUCUGGAACGAGGGUCUUGCUUUCUGGGGCUGGUGGUUCUACCUCUCCAAGUUCUACGAAGUCCUUGACACGGCCAUCAUUCUCGCAAAGGGCAAGCGCAGCACUACCCUCCAGAAGUACCACCAUGCCGGCGCUAUGUUGUCCAUGUGGGCUGGUAUGCGCUUCAUGUCGCCUCCCAUCUGGAUGUUUGCCACGGUCAACUCUGGAAUCCACGCCAUGAUGUACACCUACUACACUGUCUCCGCGCUCGGCUACCGCGUCCCCAACAUCGUCAAGCGAACUCUGACCACCCUCCAAAUCACCCAGUUCCUCGUCGGAUCCGCCUUCGCCGCUAUCCACCUCUUCAUCUCCUACACCGUCCCCGUUUCGGUCGCAUACAAGGUUGCUGAGAAGGUCGCGCCCAAGGUGGUCUCGUCCAGCGUCUCAUCCGCAGUUGCAUCCGCUACUGAGUCGGUUGCCGAAGCUCUCCCCACCGUGACUGGUGUUGCUGUGGCCUUCCUGAGGAAGCUCAUCUACCGCGCAGCUGGCGAUGAAGGUCUCGCAGAGAACAUCCCCGUCCCUGGCCAGCCCAUCCCCGUUCGCCAGCCCCAGCAAGUCAUUGCCGGAGAGCCUGCCCCCACCCACAACGCAGUCCACGACUUCUUCCACCCCCACGAGACAGUCGAGAGGACCUUCUACCGCACCGAGUACCAGACCGUUCCCUGUGUCGACACCUCGGGCCAAGCCUUUGCCAUCUACGUCAACCUGAUCUACCUGGCCCCGCUGACCAUCCUCUUCAUGCGCUUCUUCUUCAAGUCGUACCUCCGCCGCUCCACCCCCAACUCCAAGCAGAACUUCAAGCACCGCACCAUCUCCGACGCCGCCGGCGACGCCAGCCGCAACGUAGAGCGCGAACUCGACUCUCUCGACAAAUCCGCCGAAGACGCCAUCUCCUCAGGCGUGAACCGCGCUAGAGACGCUGUCCGCGGAAGGAAGCCCGCAAACGGCCACAUCAAAGACGAGCGCAAAGGCAGCAUGUCCCCCGCCAACCAAAAGUUCCUCGAGAACGUAAACCGCCGCGUGAGCCAGAAACUGCAGGAGCUUGACGAGGGCGCCGAUGCGACCAGCAAGAAGGCCAGGCAGAUUGCCAAGGAGCUUGUUGGUAAGGCUGAGGCUGCUGGCGAGAAGGUUGAGCAGGCGUACGAGGAUAACGAGGAGGAUGUCAAGGAGAAGGAGAAGGAGAAGGAGAAUGCGAAUGGUAACAAGGAGAAGAUGGACCGGAACCGUAGUCCGAGCAAGUUGCCGCGUAAGCAGCAAAACAAGAAGAAUGGCCCGAGUGACGAGCAGGUCGCUAAGCCGGAGAAGGAGGCUGAGCCUAAGGAUUUGAAGAAUACGCUUGGGGAGAAGGACGGUAAGGGUCUUUUCUAG